AUGAAUUACGUAAAACCAUUGGUUACAACAGUUCUGGCGCUGAGCCUGGCUACUGCAGGCGCCGCUCAAGCGGAUACUUUGUUCGGCGUUUAUGCCGGCGCAGGCACCUGGCAGCAGAGUUAUAGCGGCGAUGUCCGUUCAGGUGUUUCAGACGUGGACAUCGAGGAUGAUCUGGGUCUCGACGACGACGACAGCGUUGUCCUGUACGCUGCUUUGGAGCACGGCGUACCAUUGUUGCCUAACGUCCGGGCGCAGUAUUACACGCUGGAUGUAGACGCGGACAGCGUGUUGUCGCGAACCAUUGAGUUCAAUGGCGAAGUCUUCGGCUUGUCUGAGAGUGUCAGUACGUUGAUUGAUUUAACCCAGACCGAUGCGGUGCUGUAUUACGAACUGCUUGAUAACGUUGUGUCGUUAGAUUUGGGUCUGGCGAUUAGUCUGGUGGAAGGAUCCAUCGAGGUGGCGAGCCUAUCCGAGCGAGCAAGUGCCGAUUUUGAUGAGGUUGUACCCAUGCUUUACGCCGCGGUUCGGGCCGACCUGCCGUUUACCGGCGUUUGGGUAGGUGCGCAGGCUCAAGGCAUCAGCUAUGACGACAAUACGCUGAUCGGCUUCGACGCAAAAAUAGCUUAUGAGUCCAGCGUAGGUCUUGGUGUCGAAGUUGGCUAUCGGGCCGUUCAGGUCGAGUUAGAUGCAUUCGACGAAGUUGACCUGGCGGAGAUCGAUGUAAAUGGGCCAUAUGCAGUUAUUGAUCAACUGCGCUCCCUUCUCCCUGAUGAAGGGCUCAUUACCGAUGCGGCCGGAAUGAAACCCUACGAGUGUGACGGUCUCACAGCUAUUCGAGAAGAACCCUGGGUGGUUGCGUUGCCUGAAACGGAAGCCCAGGUGCAGAAGAUUCUGCAGAUAUGCCACGCACACAGUGUGCCGGUUGUGCCACGUGGUGCAGGUACCGGUUUGUCCGGUGGUGCUCGACCGAUGACAACCGGUGUUGUGCUGGGUUUGUCAAAGAUGAACAGGAUUCUCGAUAUAGACCCGCACAACUGUAUUGCCCGCCUGCAGCCUGGGGUGCGAAAUCUGGCCAUAAGCCAGGCGGCGGAAGUGCAUGGUUUGUAUUACGCGCCAGACCCUUCCUCACAAAUUGCCUGCAGUAUCGGUGGGAACGUAGCCGAGAAUUCUGGCGGCGUGCAUUGUUUGAAAUAUGGUCUGACAGUGCACAAUCUGCGCGGCGUCAGAGUGGUGACCAUGACGGGUGAAGUGCUCGAGCUGGGUGGUCCACUGCUGGAUAACCCUGGGUUAGAUCUGUUAGCGGUGAUGUGCGGGUCUGAAGGUAUGCUGGGUAUUGUCACCGAAGUUACCGUCGCUCUGUUGCCUAAGCCGCCAGCGGUGGUGGUGAUGCUCGCCGCGUUUGACGCUGUGAAUAAAGCUGGCCAGGCGGUUGCUGACAUUAUCUCUAAUGGCAUCAUUCCCGCAGGCAUGGAAAUGAUGGAUCAACUCGCGGUCCGGGCGGCAGAACAAUUUGCGCAGGCCGGCUACCCGCAAGAUGCGGCUGCGAUUCUGAUCAUCGAGUUGGAUGGUGCAGGCGUAGAGAUCGACAGCCUUGCGGGCAUGGUGUCGCGCAUUGUGGAAAAUGCCGGCGCAACGAGUGUGGAUAUUGCGACGGACCCUGCGGCCCAGGCGCGAUUGUGGAAAGGGCGGAAAUCGGCGUUUCCUGCGGUGGGUCGUCUUGCCCCGGAUUACUACUGUAUGGAUGGCACCAUUCCGCGUCACCGCCUGUCCGAAGUGCUGGACAAAAUUAACCAGCUUUCGUCACAGUACAAUUUGCCGGUAGCCAAUGUUUUUCAUGCGGGAGAUGGGAACCUCCACCCGUUGAUACUUUUUGAUUCCAAUGUACCGGGGCAGCUUGCCGCAACUGAAGAGAUGGGUGGGAAAAUCCUUGAGUUAUGCGUCGCCGUGGGUGGCACGGUGACCGGCGAACAUGGGGUUGGUGUCGAGAAGCUCAAUCAGAUGUGCGUUCAGUUCAACAGCAUGGAAAUAGAACAGUUUCUGCGCCUGAAAUUUGCAUGGGACCCGGAUAACCUUCUGAAUCCAGACAAAGGCAUACCUACGCUCACUCGCUGUGGCGAGCUGGGGGGGAUGCAUGUACGGCAUGGUGAACUGCCGUUUCCCGAGCUUGAACGUUUUUGA